AUGGAUGAGCCUAAGCCGGAAUCCGGCAGCGGGGAGGAUGAGAUCGUUGAGCCUGACCAGGGUAAUGUGCUCUCUCAUAUUAUCUCCCAGCUCCGACCGGGCGCCGACCUGAGCCGGGUUGUACUGCCUACCUUCAUUCUGGAACCUCGCUCCAUGUUGGAGCGAAUCACCAACUUCAUGGCUCAUCCGGAGACCCUUCUACCCAUGCCUGACAUCGAUGAUCCUAUCGAGCGCUUCGUGUCCGUCGUCAAGUUCUACCUGAGCGGAUGGCAUAUCAAACCUCCAGGGGUCAAGAAGCCGCUGAAUCCGAUUCUCGGAGAGACAUACACCUGUUACUGGGAUUAUCCCGAUGGCACAAAAGGAUACUACAUCUCCGAGCAGACCUCGCACCAUCCUCCCAAGUCGAGUUAUUUCUUCAUGGCCCCAGAACACCACAUUCGCAUCGAUGGGACACUGAAACCCCGCAGCAAGUUCUUGGGUAACUCGGCCGCGAGUAUGAUGGAGGGAGUUGCCAUCUUGCGUUUCUUGAACCGUGGUCAGAAUAAAGAAAAGGGUGAACGAUACAUCCUCACACAGCCCAAUAUGUACGCUCGGGGUAUCCUCUUCGGCAAGAUGAAAUAUGAGCUCGGUGACCACAGCUAUAUCCGAUGCCCGGAAAACCACCUGGUGGCCGAUAUUGAGUUCAAGACCAAGGGAUACUUUUCCGGCACCUACAACGCAAUUGGUGGGACCAUCAGAAACGAGAAGACCGGAGAGGUAUACUACGAGCUUUCUGGACUAUGGAAUGGAGAGAUGCACAUCAAGGACGUCCACACACAUAAGAAAGACCUCUUGUUCGAUGCCACACACGCAAAACAUGCACCCCCCUUGACUAGACCAAUUGAACAGCAGGGAGAGCGCGAAUCACAGCGAUUGUGGCAGAGCACGGUCAAGGCGAUCAUCGCUCGCAACCAUGAGGCGGCAACGGAUGAAAAGACCAAGAUCGAAGACCGGCAACGCGAGGAGGCCGCAAAACGGGCCGACGAUGGUGUGGAAUGGCAUCCAAGGCUCUUCCGUCCUGUCGAAGGAGGCCCCGGAGGCCCGGAUGAGGGAGAGGAAGACCUGGACUGGAUCAUCAGCGCGCAUGUCGACUCACACAAUCCCGAACUCGCCACGAAGCAGAUCCUGUCCAUUGCUCCCAUCCUAGACGGUCAGAAGGAAAACAGUCAGUUCCAGAUCCCCCCGCACGCACCAAAGCAAACGAAGCAACAUGUUGCCCCCACAUCCGAAACUGCCAACACAGAGAACGGUGGCGCUGAUGCUGUGGCAACCCCAUCAGACGCACCCCACCCCACCAAAACCCAAGAACCCGUGGAGCGCAAGGACUCUCGAACAUCGGAAGUCGACGAGUAUGUUGACGCAGAGGAGAAAUAA